CAAAGAACAAGUUCCUGAAAAGCACAACCCUCGUCAGCAACCCAUUUGCCACUUCUGAAAGCCAGUUAUGGACAUCGUUAACCCCCUGAAGUUCCUUAUAGGGUCUGUUCUGUCCACUGCUGUUGGGAUCUAUAAACUAGCUGAGAAAGCGAAGGCCAAUAAAAAACAAUGUCACCGUAUUGGGGAGCGAGUAAAAGCCUUGGAGAGGGUGGUUAAUUCAAUCGACUCCAUAGAAGCAGCCCAGCUCUCUGCAGAGGUGACAAAAACCCUGGAGGAAUUAUCUACCGUCCUCAACUCAACCUUUGGACUAAUUGAGAAAUUCACUUCGUCAAACUGGAUGAAACGUUUGUAUAAGACCAGCAGCCAUGCAGGGGAAUUCCAAAUGGUAAAUGAUCGCCUCAGUGACAGCUUCCAAAACCUGACUAUAGCUCUGCAACUGAAGCAAGGAAGUGACAUGGGCAAGCUGCUAAAGGAGGCCUUCACGCGGGAGGAAGAUGAGAAGGACCGGAAGGAAGAUGAAAAAGAAUUAAACAGAAUGCUCAUGGAAUACAUGGAAUAUGUGGAGACCAUGCGAACAGAUCUGGAAGAUGUCAAAAGCAACGUAGCUCAAGUCGUGGAGAUGUUGAAGAAGCCAAAAAUCAUUACCAUGGACAUCCGAGUAAUUAAAGAAGAUGAACUCUGUAUUCCAAAUUUGGACGAAUUGGACAACCUGACAGACCAAGCCCCACAGGUCUACAGAGGAACAUUCAAGGACUUCACAGUGGCCGCCAAGAUAUUCACCAAUUUGAACACCACUGCAGCGGAGAUAAAGUCUGACUUCAAAAAAGAAGUUGAAACCAUGAAAAGGUUUGAGUCUCCUAACAUCUUGCGAAUGUUUGGCAUCUGCAUCCUGGAUGAGGACACUCCUAAUACUAAGUACCUCAUCAUUAUGGAGUACUGUGAGAAAGGAAGUCUCCGAGAAGUUUUGAGCUCUGAACGUGACUUGUCCUGGUCCAGGAAAGUUAGCAUGUGCCGGGAUGCAGCGCAGGGUCUUUACCGACUGCAUCAGACCGAGCAGAAAAGUAAGCUUCACACUGACAUCACCAGCAAAACGUUCUUUGUGGAUAAGAACUACGGAGUCAAGCUGGGCGGUUUGGAACUGGCUCAAACUGAGACGUCGCUGAGAAAUGCAACGGUCAAUAAGCGUAAGGACAAAGACAUCAGUUCUCUGUGCUACUCCUCCCCCCAGAUGCUAUCUGAGGGCAUGAGACACUACUGCAAAAAGUGUGAGAUAUACAGCUUGGGAAUCGUAAUGUGGGAAAUUGCAACUCAGAGGAAGCCAUUUUCAGAUUAUAGUGGCAAUAAGGGCACCCUUCAUGUAAAAGUGGCUGAAGAGCAUUAUCGAGAACCCGUUCCCCGUCAAUGCCCCGAAUCCCUGGAAGAGCUGAUCGAUGCCUGUAGAGGCCAUCAUUGCGUCCAAAGGCCACCUGCUGGAGUGCUGGUGGAUAAACUGCGAUGCUUGUUGGGAAAGUUAGAGCAGCAGUGAUGCUCCUCCGAAGUCCUCCUCCAGGUCCAAUCAUCUUCAGUGGAGGAAUCAAAACUGCAGAGGUUUUCUGUAACAUACUAAGAAUUAAGGGUUUUUUAAAUUGAUUUUAAGGAUAUUUUUUUAUUCAACUCAUAUUUCCUAAUUAGAAUCAACCUAUUCUAUUUUGAAUAGCCAAUCUCAGUAUUCCUAAUAACUUCAUUAAUGCUGAAAAGCCGUCUUAAGAAGAAAAUCCUUUCACCCUCUUUAUCGAUGGUGCAUAACAAAGCUGGAGUGCCAAUUUGAAAUCUCCUCUUGGAAAAGUUUAAUGAGGUCCUAAAUUUUCCAUGAUUGACUUGUAGAAAUUCUCAUACAGAAGAAAUAAGUGUAAAUGUAAUUAAACUGCAUCCUAAAUGACUCCAAGCAAAAUGUGAGCUCUAGUUAGCUCCUUGUACUUGCUUAUUUUUUUUUACACCAUGUCGGCGCUUCAAAAAUGUGUCCUUUGAUAUGCUGUGGAGAUUCUCUUGAUCGUUUCUCCUCUUUUGGUCAAAUUCUAGUUUGAUUUUCUUUGUUGUCUGUGCAUUUAUUGGUAGUUUGAGGACUGGAGCUCAGAUGGAUCAGCUGCUAUUCUGUGACAUGCAUCCCAGGGUUAAUUGGUCAAUCUGAAUUGCCCUUAAUUGCGUUUAGCUGCUGUCACUGUUUCCACCCUAAUCUUGGGUUGGCGUGCUUUGCCAAUUCAUUUUUUUCUUGGAGUUCCCAUGUUCUCCCUAUGAAUGUGCUGGUUUUCUCCAGGGACAACUAGUGGUCUCCAAAACAUCAGUGCUACAGUGCUAAUCAGUGCUACAAUAGAUACAAAAAUGUGGAUACUGAAACAAAUCCAAGCAUAAUUGAAGCUAUGCUUGAAUUUUCUGGCAAAUUCUUUUUCUCCAUCCACUGUGGAGGCGAGUACAAUCAUUAAUUGGACUCUGUACACAAGGUGUCUUUACGUAACAAUGUGUCAGCAAUGGAGAAGAGCUCUGGCAGAUUCGGAUCUGAAGAUGAGGAGGCACAGCUCAGGCUGCGACAUAAAUACAUUACGCAUUAAAAGAGCUCAAGCCAGACACUUUGCCACCCAUCUCCUCUUUAUCAGUCAAUCAUUUUGUGCGAGAGGUGACAGUUUGGUGUAUCAACAACUUCUGUGCGCAGACAUAAGUAACAGCCUUCAACUGACCCAUGAAGCCAGACUGAAAAGGAAGCUCCUCUGUUUCAAAGCUGCGAGGAACAGUUUGUUUCAUGCUAAAUAUGUCAUGCGUGCUCAGUUUGUAGGGCAGUCAGUUCAUGCUUACCAGCGUGAUCUGAGGGGAUUUGGAAUUAGGAAGCACACUAUAAAUACAUGAGAGCAAAGGUCUUUCAGAACAAAAAGCUACAGAUUGAUUGCAGCGUCAAAGUAGUUUGGUAAAGUCACAGAUAUUCUAUGAAGUCUUUGAAGGAAAAACAUUGAAAAGCAUUGACGCAUUACUGGUAGACUGUUUUACAGUUUAGCAAAAAAAACUGGUCUGAUAUAUUUUCAAGUAUUUUCUAUUGCUGUAUUGUGUUAUAUUUACUGUUUUCACACCAAUAAAUCCUAAAUCUGUUCCCAGUUA